AUGGUCCUCGUCCGCACUCUCACCAACCGUGACAACCUUUUCUUUACCGGCGUGACCGCGACGGCCGCGAGCGCGCUCUCCGCCGUCGGGACGCGCCUCUCAUGGGCGCGCGCGGAGCCUCCGCCGCCUCCAUCCUCGUCGAGCUCGCGCCGGAUGCGAACCGCCCUCGCCGAGUCCCUGGCGGACGAGGCCAACCGGUCGGCCGCGCAGCCGCUGCUCUCGCCCUCGCAGCGCUCCGUCCUCGUGCAGGUCCUGCUCCGAUGGCUCUCCGCCACGCCCGCCUCUUUUGACGGCCCCGCUCCCUUCUCCAAGGGUGCGCGCCUCGCAACAAAGCAAGUGUGCUGGGGCGCGCGUGCCAACACGAUCUAUGCGCCGUGCGGGCACGUCGUCGCUUGCCUCGAGUGCACCGCGCGGCUGCGCCGCCUCUGCUGCCCCGUGUGCCAGGCGAACGUCAGCGACGUGAUCCAGCUCUUCACCACGUGA